CAACCUUACUUCAAAGUAGAGCUGAAACGAGUACUCGAGCAACUCGAGUAACUCGAGUUUAAAAACUGAUCCGAGUAAUUUUAUUCACCUCGAGUAAUCGUUUAUUUUGACAGCUCUAAGCAUCACGUUUUGCUCGGACUACUUUUAAUGCGGGACAACGCGCUGUCACGUGCGGAGAGGAAGAAGGGGGAAAAAAAAAACUUACUGCAGCCGACAGCCGCCACAAACGACGCCGACAUUGCUAAAUACCCCGUACGAUGCUACGUUGGUACAGGUUGUUAAUUGGUGCCCCCCGAGCCAAAGCUUUGGGAAAACAGAAUGCAAACAUCACUGGGGGACUUUAUAAGUGUGACAUCAGCUACUCUCCUGACUGUGAGCGCAUUUUAUUUGACAAUGAAGUUGCUUUGUCUUUGCCUAAACUUUGAAAGAGGAUAUCCGAGUUGAGAACAAGGAGAACCAGUGGAUGGGGGUGACGGUCCAGAGUCAAGGACCUGGGGGAAAGAUUGUGACUUGUGCUCAUCGCUAUCAGAGGCGCUUGUUUGUAAACACGCCACAAGAGGCCCGUGACAUCACAGGCCGCUGCUAUGUCCUGAGCCAAGACCUGAGCAUCGAUGAGUCGUCCGAUGAGGACGGCGGCAACUGGAAUUUCUGCGAUGGCAGGGUCAGAGGUCACGAGAUGUUUGGCUCGUGUCAGCAGGGCGUGGCCGCCGCUUUCACCAAAGACUAUCAUUACCUGGUGUUCGGGGCGCCGGGAGCGUACAACUGGAAAGGCAUCGUACGGGUGGAGCAGAAAAACAACACUCUGCUGGAGAUGGGCGUGUACGACGACGGCCCUUAUGAAGUUGGGGAUGAGCACGUAUAUAACGCGGAUCUGGUACCCGUGCCUGCCAACAGCUACCUUGGAUUUUCUCUGGACUCAGGUCACAGCAUCACCAGGAGGCGUGGCCUAAUCGUGGUGGCAGGAGCGCCGAGAGCCAAUCACAGUGGAGCCGUGCUCCUGCUGAGGAAAGAGAAUGAAGGCUCGCCCCGACUUGUAGUGGAGCACACGCUGUACGGACCUGGCCUGGCGUCCUCAUUUGGAUACGACGUGGCCGUAGUUGACCUGAACGGGGACAGGUGGCAGGACAUCGUUGUCGGAGCACCUCAGUUCUACAUGAAGGACAAAGAUGUGGGAGGGGCUAUUUAUGUUUACAUCAACCAAGCGGGACGAUGGCGAGGCGUCGUACCCGUUCGUCUCGACGGGACCCGAGACUCCAUGUUUGGGUUAGCGGUGGACAACAUUGGAGACAUCAAUCAAGACUCUUAUGAAGACAUUGCCGUCGGAGCUCCUUAUGAUGAUGCCGGUGCUGGAAAGGUCUACAUUUAUCAUGGGUCUGCGCAGGGAAUAAAAGCAAGAUCAGUACAGAUCAUUUCCGGGAAAGAUUACAACAUGCGACUGUUUGGCUAUUCUCUGGCAGGCAACAUGGACCUGGACAGCAACUCUUAUCCUGACCUUGCUGUGGGCUCUCUAUCAGACUCGGCACUUAUAUACAGGGCACGACCAGUUAUUAGUAUCCACAGAAAUGUCCAAAUUUCCCCACGUGAAAUUGAUCUGACAGUAAAGAACUGUGGCAACAACAUUUGCUUCACAGUGGACGCUUGCUUCAGCUACAAAGCAAACCCUGUGUCUUACAACCCAAGAAUAACCAUCAGCUAUUCUGUGGAGGCGGACGGAGAUCGCAGGAAACAAGGCUUGCUCUCCAGAGUCAUAUUCUUGAACAAAUCCAACUCGGAAACAGAACAUCAGUUUAACGGCACCUUGGACCUUCGAGGACAAAAGCAGGAAACGUGUGUAAAGAUAAAAGCAAAGUUAAAGGACAACAUUAAGGAUAAGAUGCGCAGCAUUCCCAUUGAGGUGACAGCACAAAUAGUUGGCACGAAGCGUCAAAAGUCAAAAAGCGGCCUCCCGCAGCUGAUGCCCAUUUUAGAUUCUUCUCAGUCGAGCAAAGAAACCCUCAAGGUCAACUUUGUCAAGGAAGGAUGCGGAAGUGAUCAUAUUUGUCGCAGUAACCUGAUGAUGGACUACAAGUUGCUGUACAAGCAAAGCAAUCAAGACAUUUACUCACCUUUGCCCAUCAAGAGCAACGUGCCCGUGUUUCAUCUGACUUACGAGAGGAAAGACUUAGCUCUGCGUCUGACCGUCAGCAACAUCAACGGAGACGACGCCUACGAGGCAAAGCUGACGGGCUCGUUCCCCGACACGUUGUCGUAUUCGGGCGUCCGCUCGCAUCGCACUGCGAUUGACAAGCAGAUAAUUUGCGUCGCCAAUCAAAACGGCUCUCAGGCUGAAUGCGAGCUCGGCAACCCAUUUAAGCAAGGCUCCCAGGUUACAUUUUACAUCAUCCUGAGCACUGUUGCAAUGACUCUGGAGACGACGGAGGUUGAUAUAGACCUGCAGCUCCAAACAACUAGUGUACAAGAUCUUGCCCGUGUGAGGAUCAAAGCCAAAGUAAUGAUUGAGUUGCCAUUGUCAGUUUCAGGGGAAGCCAACCCUCAUCGUGUUUCUUUCGGUGGAGUCGUGAGAGGAGAGAGCGCUAUGACGAGUGAAGAAGAGAUCGGCAAUUUGGUUAAUUACACCUUCAGAAUUAACAAUUUAUGGGAGUCUUCGGUCAAAUCCUCAUUGCACAUCCAGUGGCCCAAGUCCAACAACAAUGGCAAAUGGCUUUUAUACCUGGUGAAGAUGAAUGCUAAAGAAGGACCACGUGACGUCAUUUGUACACCAGAGUCUGAGAUUAAUCCUCUCAAACAUAUCCAGGAGAGCUCUACACUCAGGACAAAGCGUGAGAUUGCCCAGAAAAAAACAAGAGGAAAGGCUUCCGUACUGUCAAACAAAAAUAAGAUUUUGGCGUGUGGGAAAGACUUACAGUGUGUGCUGCUCAAGUGCCCCCUACAUGGACUCGAUGGGACUACCGUGGAACUCAGGGCUCGUCUGUGGAAUGCGACCUUUUUGGAGGAUUACGCUUCUCUUUCAUUCUUGGACAUAAUUGUGAAAGCUUCUCUGGUGCUUCACACCCGGGCUACAAACAUGAUUCUGAGAACCCCUGAUACUGAAGUAACGCUUACCGUGUUCCCGGAGAGUGCUGUGGCCCAACAUGGUGGCGUCCCCUGGUGGAUCAUCAUGGUGGCGGUUCUGGCAGGGAUCUUUAUCUUGGCCUUGUUAGUCUGCCUGCUGUGGAAGUGUGGAUUCUUCAAACGCUCCAAGCAGGAGGAAACUGUCCCGCAGUAUCACGCCGUGCGCAUCCGAAAGGAUUCUCCUCACUAUGAAGACAGCAAAGUCAAGCUGGAUGCUUUUGAGAAGAAGUCGUGGAUGACAACUUGGGUUGACAAUGAAAGUUACUCAUAAGUUUCUGAACAGGGACAACCUAUUGGUUGUAAUUUUUUAAUGAAAUGAUGAACUAUUUACACCUGCACAAUGUAAUGGACAAAACUGCUGCAUUCUGCCUUAAAAUACUAAAUUAUCCUGAGCUACCUGAAUUUUUGAUCCAGCAUCUUUAUAUCAGUAAAUUUAAAUUCAGUGUCGAAGCCAGUAAAUGGCCUAUUUUUCAAGGGAUUACCAGGAAUUGUUAGUUUUCUACACUGUAUUCUUUAAAACACAUUUUUGUGUUUUUUGUACAUAUUUCUGUACAUUGUAUAUUUAUUUUUUGAUAAGUCACAAUAGAGCCAAAGAUGUCUUUUAUAUAAACCUGGCUUGCAUCCAUUUCAAAGUGAACUACUGAUCUGAUAGAGUGGUACAAACAAACAAAAACUAUGCAAAGAUGAUAUAGUUGACCAUGUGCAUGUUUUGUAUUUAAAGACUUUUAUAGUACUUUUAAAACAGCAAUGGAAGUCAGGUGACUCAAUGUGAAAAGAUGUUUUUGUUUUGUAUUUUCCAGGUAGUAUCGCCACUGAAAAAGUAAUUUUCUUUUGUGUGAGGAACUUAAAGGGACAAAUUAGCCUGAAUAUGAUGAUUCAGGAAUAUAAUUUUUUAUGCAGGAUUUGUCAAGUAGAAUAAACAAUGUUUUAGUAAAUUCAGCUUUGCUGACUUGUUCUAAAGUUCUGCCAUUUUUUUUUUUCUACAUGGACUACACUAUACCUAAUAUUCCUGACAUAACACUUAACUCAUUUACUGCAAUUGACAAAGAUCCACGUAAUCCGGAAAUCUAUGACAGUCAAUAGCAGCCAUUUUUACACGCCUCUAUGGCAUGACUUCCAAGAACAGCAAAAUAAAUUCAAGAGUCGGUCUA